UUCUUCAUCACAAAGUCUCUUUCGUUCACACCUUUGCACAAACAUGAGUGGCUCAACUCACCUUGAUAAUCAAGAAAGCUCUAGUACAGGAGCUUCUGAUCAGAGGAAAUACAAGGGAGUUCGUCAGAGAAAAUGGGGAAAAUGGGUAUCGGAAAUUAGAGUUCCUGGUACUCAAGAACGGCUCUGGUUAGGUUCUUAUUCUACCCCAGAAGCAGCUGCGGUAGCUCAUGAUGUAGCUUCCUAUUGUUUAAGAGUACAACAGCAGUCGUCUUCGAUGGAUAGUCGUCUGAACUUUCCUUUAAUGUUGCCUGCAAGUUUACGAGCUGAUAUGUCACCUAAGUCCAUACAGAAAGCAGCUUCUGAUGCUGGCAUGGCAAUUGAUGCCCACAUGAUACUAAACAGGUCUCGAUCACCUGAUAGUGAAUCUAGAGGCAAUGAAGGUGGUUCUUCAGGUCAUGGGUCAUCGGAGACAGACGUAAAUAGGGAACAUACCAUGGGUAACUGUGGGAAUUGGGAGGGAACUCAACCCAAAGAUGGUGGAGAGACUUUAAGCAUCUCUGUUGAAGAUUAUUUAUAGUUUAAGCAUUACGCUUAUUUUCUUUAGCUUCUUCAAUCUCUUUUUCUCUGUGUAUAUACAUAGCAAAUGAUAAAGAAAUUGGAUAUCUUAUGCCAAUUUUUGCUAUUAGGUUAGUACUUUUGAGUGUAUGCCUGAUAGCAUAUGAGAUUAGUGGCUGAAAUAGAUAUUAUUUUCUCUUCAAAAAAAUGGAUAUUGAUCAUAUUUGGAUUGGGGAAUUCAAAAAUUUACAGAAUUUGAUAAAAUCAAUAGCAUUGAAAACCAUGGAUGUUAAGUCCAUGAAUUUGAGAU